AACGAAUGUGUGAAAAUUGUGAGUUGACAAGAUUUCAUAUGUACAGUGGGGUCGAAAAAUCUUUGCCAAAUUGAGAAGAAAUCUUAAAGAUUCUGCUCCAUUUCUAGGUUGAAAAUCAGAUAUGGUUUGAAUUCAAAAUAAGCCUGGGCAUGACAAGCCUCUGUUGAGAGAAGUGGCUCUAAAUCUGCUACUACACAAACCAGAGAAAUGCUCCAACAUUGUAGUAAUGUUGGACUGGUUUGUAGAAGAUCGCCUGCACAUCCUCAUUUUGGAAUAUCCACGUCCCUGCGUGACCUUGGCUACAUUCCUGACAAGACAUAAAGGACGUCUAAGGGAAAAUAAGGCCCGUUAUCUCAUGCGUCAAGCAGUGAACGCAGCCAAACACUGCAUUGACCACAACAUCUGCCAUGAUGACUUACACAACGAAAACUUCCUGAUCAACACUAAGACGAUGGAGCUCAAAUUAAUCGACUUUGGAUGCGGCCUUCUAAUCUCCUCUAGUAGCACACCAGACGCUGAAUGUAAUGAGCGAACUAAAGCGGUUGAACAGACAGUCUAUUUUUUGGGUGAUCUGCUCCUCGGGAUGACGGUUGGAGAUGAGAGGAACCGUGUCCAUGAUCUGGAUGCACUAGACAACCCGGAGAUCAAGGCCCUUGGUUUAUCUAAAGAAUGGCGUGACGUGAUAAAUCUUUGCAUGUUCACGCCAUCAGCCAACAUGCCAACAUUAGAAGAGCUCCUCGACCAUGAGUGGUUUAAGCAGGGCUAA